GCAAAAAGGAAAGGAAAGGGGAAGAAAAAGUCAUGUAACUAGCUGCAGCUUUGAGACAAAAACAAAGUUAUAUUUCAAAAUGAGCUUUUCUCAUGUCAGUUCCUUUUUUUAAAUGCACUGAUGACAUGAUAUUAAAGCUAAAGUUUUAAAAGCAAAAAUAGUUGUCAUAAUGGCAUUAGAAUAUAAUGUGUAUUAUAAAUAUGUAAAAUGCUAGAAAUCCUCAAAGCUCUGUGUGGUCUUUCAAGUAUUUUGUAAAAGAGAUAAAUGCACUUUCCAAAGCUCAGAUAGGCAGAGAAAUUGAACAAUGCUACAACUUUUGUUUUAUAUGGGAAAUGCCAAUUAUGAGUUAUAGAGCCAUUCUGCAAAGGCUAAUGCAGGUCUACAUCUAGGUCUAACAUUGUGGAUACUUGAUAGGUUCUGUAAUGGCUAAAACAAACAACUGCCAAAUCUUAAUACGAGGGUUAAGAGGUCUACGAAUUGGGGAUAUGUUAUAUACAGACUGUCAUUGCGAUUGCUCUCAGGGUGUUCAUCGUGUAAAUGCUGCUGUAGAAAAGAUAUAAAUCUAUGCUCUUGACAUCUCUGAGGAAACAAACAAACACAAAUUUCCCUCUGCUGAUGUGGAAAAAUAGAAGUUGUAUAUUCUUUAGUUUUAUUAGACAGUCUUAGUUAAACUUAAGCUACAUAUAUACCAGCAGAUUAAACAUUAUUGGCUUUUCUGUCUACAGGUAUAAUAUGUGGACUGAAGGCAACAUGUACAAUCUCACUUCCAUAUCUGGUUUUCUGUUGCUUGGCUUCUCAAAUAUCAGAGGACUGCAGAUCUUACACUUCUUUCUGUUCCUAGUGCUGUUCCUGAUUACAAUAAUUGGAAAUCUUCUCAUCAUCAUUGCAAUUCUCACAGAUUACCAGCUACACUCCCCCAUGUAUUUUUUCCUCUUCUGUUUGGCUGUGGUGGACCUUGGUUUGGUUUCUGUCACAGUACCCAAAUCUAUGGCUAUGUCCCUCAUGAACGACAGGUCAAUAUCUUUUCCUGGAUGUGUAGCACAAGUUUUCUUUUUCUUUUUCUUUAUAACAUCAGAUUUUGUUAUUCUCAAUAUAAUGGCACGUGAUCGCCAUGUUGCCAUCUGCAACCCACUCCAUUAUGAGAGAAUCAUGAAUAAGGCAGCCUGUGUUAAUAUGUUAGUGAUUGGGUUGAUUGUAAGUGUGAUUUAUGCCACAUUGCAUACCAGUAGCACCUUUGUGAAUACCUUCUGUUCUAAUAAUGUCAACCAGUUUUUCUGUGAAAUUCCACAAUUAUUAAAACUCUCCUGUUCUGACCUAUAUCUAGUUGAAGUAGGGCUUGUUGUUCUAAGCCUCAUUAUAGCAUUAGGAUGUUUUAUCUUUAUCAUCAUCACAUAUGUUCAGAUCGUUGCUGCAGUGCUCAAAAUCCCCUCUGUACAUGGUCAGAAAAAAGCCCUCUCCACUUGUGUUCCCCACCUCACUGUUGUCUCUUUACUAUUCAUCACUGGAGCAUUUUCUUAUGCAAGGCCUCCAAGUGAUAUAUCUUCUAGUCUGGAUUUGUUUUUUGCUGUGAUAUAUUGCAUAAUUCCUCCCAUGUCCAAUCCAUUCAUUUAUAGUAUAAGAAACAAAGAGAUCAAGAAUGCUUUGAAGAAAGUGUUAUAUAUGAAGCUCAUUCCUGCAAAACCAUCUUUAAGAUAAUUCUGUGACCAUCAGUUUGUAUGAUCUUUCACAUGUUAAUGUUUCUCUCUUAAUGAGUAACUCUACAAUAUAAAAUUUUCAUUUAAACAUAGAAAUGCAUUCUGUCUUAGAUGUUUCUCUUUUUUCCAUUCACUUUUUAAUUUUGUCACUUAUUCUGACUAAUAUUUCUCCACAUUACCUAGCAGAGACCAUACAGCCUCCAAGACCAGCUAAAUGACCUGACAGAAAAAAAUUAGGAGUUGCACAGAACCAAACAGAAACCUAUCUCUUACUUAUUUUGAGUCCUUAUGUCCCCCCCCCCCUUACUCCCUUUUCCAUUUAUUUGAGCCACUGUCUUUUGUCUAUCUUUCUGUGUCUCUUCUAGAGUAGGGUCCGGUAUUUGUCUCAUAUGUUUAAUCCGUGCUUCUGUACCGUACAGUUCAUUUGUAUUGCAUGGUAUGGCAGAGUUCGUUCUUUGGUCUGCCUGCCGCUUGUUGCCUCUUGCCUGCCUCAGUGCCUGUCUUGCAGCCUGCUUAUUCUUUAAUCUCAGGUCUCCUAGCAGAUUGAGAGGGAGAAGUCUCAGGAUCAGUGGUGCCUUAUGCCUGCCUUAAAGCCCAGGUCUCUUUGCAGAUCGAUCGAGAGAAGUCUCAGAAUCAGUGGUAUCUUACACCUUGCCUUUAAGCCCAGGUCUCCUUGCAGAUCUAGAGGGAGACAUCUCAGAACAAGUGGUGCCUUAAGACCCUGCCUUUAAGCCCAGGUCUCCUCACAGAUCGAGAGGGGCACAUCUCAGAAUCAUUAGUAUCUUAAGCCCUUAGGUUAGAGGGCGGCACCAGUGGAGAAAGAGGGAAUGUUUUUAAGGAGAUUUUAUUUAUAGAAAGAAAAAAAAUCCCUAACAUUCAGGGGAUGACCCAAACCUUGUAAGAAUUCGUGGGCUAAAGAUGCUGAUAUGCCUUCCAUGUGUGGAGAAUUUCACCGCUCUAACCUUAAAACUGAGGGGGAGGGGAGCCUGGGCAGCUUGCCCAAUGAAAGAGCUCAUUCGUAUGGACCACAGUUUUGGAAGUGGUGGACAGACACAGAAACGGGGCCAUACAAAUGAAACAAUUAGGAACAAUAAGCGAUUUCAUACAAAUGCACAAAACUAGUCUCUCCUUCUCUCUCUCUUCCUCUCAUCCCUUCUGGGUCACCAUGGGCUCCUUUGCCUUGCUCUUCAACUACAUCAACCUCAGCAUGUCCCUUUCAACAUGGUUGCUUUGGAAGACAAUUGUUCUACUCCAUCUACAUUGCCAGAGAACUGGAGAACUGCUGGGCAUAUUUGAAUUAUGCAAUAGAUAUAACAUCUAUCACAUGCAUUCUCAUGAUCUAGAGAUGCACAGCAUAAAUAUCUUUCAACGUAUCUGUUGUGAUUUAGUAGACAGAAUCUCCUCCUAAUAAAUUAAUAUGCUUUGUAAUUAUCAAACUCAAACAUGAAAAUAUGAAAAUAGUUAAAAUCUUUUGUUAGUUUGCAAUGAUACCAGAGGAGGCUACAGGGUGUGAGAAAGCUCAUAGAUUCAAAUAAAAGAGAGUAGUCAACUUUGCCAGCACUUAUUUCUCUUGCAUCAUAAUGAGUCAGAAAAUCUUUAAUAAAAUCAAAAAUUUACCAAAUCAAUAAGGUGUUUUUUUUAAUGUGACUGAUCUGAAUGAAGUAUAUUAAAAGUUUUCACUGAAAUGUGACUUAAUUAUUUUUGCAAUAAUGAGAGAAAUUAAAAAGAGACCCUGUUCAUUUUCAUUUACUCUACCUCUGGCAACCCUAUAUUUUUAAUGAUAUGGUUUAUCACUCUGGGUAGUUCCUGAAACCCAGGCUGGAUUCAGUUUUCCAUUGAUGGUGGAGCCACCAAUCAUACUGGACUCCUAUGCCAUACAAAACAUUUUACCAUUCCACAAAAGUUAAAUCUCUUGAAUAAACUUCUCCCCAUCUCUUCCAGCUGUGUUUUAUGCCAUUCUUCCAUGUUUGUUCAGUUGCCUAGCCUCCAAGGCCAGAUUUGUUAAUUGCUAUUUUUGAUCCCUGCUGAAAUAUAUAUGAAAUAUCAUUUUUUUCACAGUUCCUUGAUUAAUAUUUUCUUGGAACUACAGAAGUUUCUCGUCACUGUUCCUGUAUGAAUCUAAAUGAGGGAGACUGUAUGCAACAGAUUGGUUGAUAGAAAGUGUUACUCUAGCUCUACACAAUUUCUGGGUAUCCAGGAGAAAUUGAUCUGCCUAUGCAUCUAAACAAAAUUUCAACCUCACACAGAGAACUUCUAUUAGGUUUAUACUUCACUGGCUUUACAGUCUCAGCUUGAAGGCACUAGAAUGCACAUCCCACAACUAAUAAGUCAUCAUGGGUUAACAGGGAUAGGAAGUUCCAUGUGUCACCCCGUCUGUGCACUUCCUUUGUCAUCCUUGACUUCAUGUAACUCGUAUAUGAAAGUUCUGAGCACUUCAUUCCGUAAAAAUUGCAAAAUAAUAUAUGAUAGCACAAAUGGAAUUUAUGCUGCAUAUGAUCAACAAAGGUCCAGUUGCUAUUCUGGAAAACAUUAAUUUUGUGUAGUCUUUUAAAAGGUUGUUAGUGGGAAAAAAAUGGAACUGAUAUGGUAAAGGCAAGGGCCAAGAUCCUACAACUUGAUUGCAUAGCAUAAUCUAUAGAAUUAGGUGGAGGUUGCACCAUGUCACAAUUAGGCUCCUGUCGAAUGGAAGUUGUAAUUUCAUUCAUUCUUGUAGAUGACUGCAUAUAUUUCAUUUGUGAACUGAAAAAUGCUCUGUGAUGAUAAUUAUUUAUUAUGGCUUUUGUCUCAUUGGAACCCCAUGUUGAAAUUGCUUGUUUAGUUAAUUGUUCUUUUUAUUGUUUUAUUGAUUCUGAAUGCUUUGUUAUAAUAAAGGAUACAUUUUCAAUGA